CUUUGCGCGCUCCAGCCCAGCCUCAGCGGCUUCCGGCGGUGGCAGAGCAGGGGCGACGGGGAGCAGCGAGGCGGCGGCAGCCAUGGCGUACCGCGGGCAGGGCCAGAAGGUGCAGAAGAGGUCGAGGAUCCAGGUGUGGCUUUACGAGCAAGUAAACAUGCGGAUAGAAGGCUGCAUCAUCGGCUUUGACGAGUACAUGAAUUUGGUGCUGGACGACGCAGAGGAGAUUCACUCCAAGACAAAAUCAAGGAAACAGCUGGGUGUGUCGUGUGUCUGUGCAACCCGAGUGACGCGCGGUCUGAAACCUGCCCGGGUGAGCCUUCUAGAUAGCAGCACUGAGAGGCCAGAUCCUGUUAAAAGGGGACAACAUCACUCUUCUACAGAGCGUUUCUAACUAGAACCUGCCAUCCUUAGAACAAAGGUGGCUGCCGUGCUGCGGAGUGACUGAGUGCCAGGGGAACGUGGCCCGCUGGUAGAUAGGAAGUUAUUUGUAACUGGGGUUGCAUGCUGAGGUCAAAAGUCCUUCCGUUGUGGGAGCGAGUUUUUUGUAGCUUGAAACAAUACGUGAUGUAUUUCACAAAUAAACAUUUUUCACAUUAACUGUAAAUGUAAAACACA